AUGGCAUCCCCGGCUGCUCCAGAGACCAUCAUGAUCGAUGGCAAGAAGUACAGGCACGUUCGUGAAGGUCUGGCUUCAGUACUUGCGCCAUAUGCUGGGGAACCUCCAGCAUCAGCCAAACACUCCAAAAACAACGACGAGGGCAACCAGGCCGUCUUCUACAACCCUAUUCAGCAGUUCAAUCGAGACCUGAGUGUCCUGGCAAUCACUGUCUACGGCGAAGGCGCUCUGGCGGAGAAGCAAGCAAGAGUUACUCAAAGGAAUGAGCAUACGAAAAAGAAGAAGGCUGCAAAAAAGAUGAACGCCCAACCUACUGCUCAACUCGGUAAUGACGCCAGCAGCAAACCAGAGCAACCUAAUAAUCGAAAGCGCAAAGCUGAUCACCUGGACGAUACAGUGGAGGCUGGUGAUGCAGAAGAGCCUGUAAAGAAAUUUAAAGCUAAUGGACACGACGAAGACGACGAAGAACCACUCGUUGCCGAGCUCACUGCAGACCCUGCGGGUAAUGAGAUUGGAGGGGUAGAGCUGCAGCCAAAGAAUGAUGAGCAGCCAGAGGCUGCCGAACCUGCGGACGCUCCACCUGCAGUCUCAAAGAAACAACUUCCUUUCUCUAUUCUGGAUGCUUUGUCCGCAACAGGUCUCCGAGCAUUGCGAUACGCCAAAGAAAUACCAUUUGCUACAAACAUCGUCGCAAAUGAUCUCUCACGGGCCUCGGUCGAGAACAUCGAACUCAAUAUUAAACACAACGAAGUCAAAGACAAAGUCCGGUCGAACCUCGGUGAUGCUCGAGCUUUCAUGUAUAGCAAAGUUGGAAACGAGCAGUUAAGGCCUGCGGAAGGAUAUGUGCAUCGAUAUGACGUGAUCGACAUCGACCCUUAUGGGACGGCAGCUCCUUUCUUCGAUUGCAGUCUUCAGGCAGUCCAGGAUGGUGGGAUGCUGUGUAUUACCUGCACAGAUGCUGGUGUCUUUGCUUCAGCGGGAUAUCCAGAGAAGACAUUUGCACUGUACGGUGGAAUUCCUCUUAAGGGCCCACAUUCGCAUGAAGCUGGUUUGAGACUGAUACUCAAUGGGGUUGCGAUGUCUGCCGCAAAGUAUGGUCUUGCAAUCGAGCCCCUUCUGUCACUUUACAUCGAUUACUAUGCCCGGCUGUUCAUUCGCGUCCACCGAAAGCAGCAAGAGGUCAAGAUGUUAGCUGGCACGUCCAUGACGGUCUACAAUUGCGGACAUGGCUGCGGAGCUUGGGUCACACAGCCUCUGCUUCGGAACCAACCACAGAAAUCAAAAUCUGGCGACUUAUUCUACAAAUUCUCGUUCGCUCAAGCACCGUCCACAAAUCGGAAUUGUGAGCAUUGUGGUUCUAUCAUGCAUCUGUGUGGUCCGAUGUGGUCAGGCCCGCUGCAUAAUCCGCAUUUUGUUGAGAAGAUGCUCGAAAAGGCCCGAAUCCUGGACAAGGACACAUAUGUCACCGUCGAUAGAAUUGAGGGAAUGCUCACUUUGGCUCUAGAGGAGGAUCUCAUGCCCAGUGACUCAGGCCCGGAUGCUGCAAAUGUCUCAGAAUCAAAGGACGGAGCUACGCCUGCCUCGACGCUAAUACCGCGGCUUGCCACCAACAAGCCAGACGUUGCUCCAUUUUUCAUCAUGCCUACUUAUCUGGCAAAGAUAAUCCAUUGCGCAACACCUUCGGAAGAUGCGAUGAGAGGUGCCCUGCUUGGUCUCGGCUACAAAGUUUCCAGGUCACAUUGCAAGCCAGGCAGUAUCAAAACGAAUGCCCCGUGGUCCGUGUUGUGGGAAGUGAUGCGAGAAUUCAUGCGGACAAAGGCACCUAUCAAGGAUGGGGCGGUUAGAAAAGGCACAGCAGGGUAUCAGAUCUUAGCGAGGGCCAGAGGAUCAGAGAGGGCUCUCGUGUCGGAAUUGAAGGACGCAACAAGGGAACAGCUUCGGAGGUGCGAGAUCAAGGACGACCUGAAAACAGUGCUGCAAGGGAUCUUGUAUCGAUUGGAGAACGAACAUUCGAUGCUCGAAAAGAAGAGCGGUGAAUCUUCUGAACCGAACGGUGGUGGCGAAGACGCAACAGCUCAAACUGACGAACCACUUAACGGUCGUCGCUCACGGUCUGAAAGUCCUUCAAUUCCACCACUGAACAAGCUCAGAAUUACGUUUGACGAAAAGUUGGGAAAGGAGAAGCCUCGCGGCAGGUUAGUGAGGUACCAGAUGAACCCGAGGGAGAAUUGGGGUCCGAUGAGCCGCGCUGGAAGGACUUCUUGA